AUGCAAAAUGAGCAGCGGAGGACAGUGCAGAAGACGUGGAGGGCUCUGGGUCUGAGCCAUAAGGAUUUGAAGAUGUCUGCGUGCACUGACUUUGUGGAACACGUUUGGAAGCCCGGCUCCUGCAAAAACUGCUUCAACCCAAAGAGUUCCCAUCGGCUGCAAACACCUGCAGACGUGAGAGCUUGUGGUGUGCUCCCGAAUGGAGUUAGGACCAAGCCUGAGAGCUCUGCAUUGGAAGACGAAGGUGUAAAUACUUCCCCCUUCUCAAAGCCAACAAUUGCUGUGAAGCCAACUAUGAUAAACUCAGAUGUUUCUGACGCGUGGGCGGAUGUGAAUAUGAAUGCAGAUCUGUCACAGGUCAGCUGGGGCAUGGUUUCUGGCAAACAACUCCUUCUGAAAUCAGGAGAUGCGCAGCGGAUCUGCCUCGACAACUUUGGCAGUGGUGGUGUGAGAAAACCCUUCCUUCACAACUCGCCCAGCGACUGCUUGUCCUGCUGUCCUCCUAGCUACUCCAUGGUGGGCCUGCGCAGCCUGGAGAGUCGAGUGGAGAGAAACGUCUCCAUCCACAGCCUGGUGCUCGUGGGUGAGGUGGGCAAGCAGGAGGACAGAGUCAAAGACAAGUUUGCCCUGCCGCGUCGGCCCCCCUGCCCUAAUCCGUCCACCAUGGGGGACAGAAGCAGUGUGAACUCCAGCAGAAACCCUUCUUCACAAGUCAGAGACGGAGCAGUGCUCCCCUCGGAGGGCGACUGCGGUCACCUCUCCUCCAGCUUUGAAAGUGAAGGGGGUGAGUACUGCUCAAUCACAGACUGCCACAAAGAACACUCCGUCUCAUGGGAGACACGUUGUGCGGAGGGGAAGGGUACCCGCUGCGAGAAGGAGAGCCCCACUCGCUGCGGAUGGAGGCAGCGGGAUGCUCCCGAGGUCCCCAGGCUGAGUGGCAGAGCGGUCAAGUUUGGCGAAGAGGAGCGCAGAGCUGUGAACAUUGCCUUCUGCAUCACGAAAGACCAACCUGAUCCUCUCCCCUAUGCCCUGGGCUCAGAGAAGAAAAAGUUGGCUUUCCAAGCCGAGCCUGCCGCCUUCCCGGAGAGCAUGGGGAGCAGCAAGGCAGCUGCCUUUGCUUUGUGUCAGGAGGAGGAGGACUCUCCUCUCCCUGCAGACCCCUCUAUCACUGGAAGUCCUCGAUCUGAGGGUUCAAGCACCCUUCAGCAUGCUCUGGUAGAGCCACAGCGCCCUUGCCUCAUGUCGCCAGCCUGUGGUGAUCCCAUCUACGCCGAGAGCACCAAGAGGAAGAAGGUGCAGCUGAAGGCUGUUGUCGGACAGGCAAAAGCGGAGAAGCUGGCCCCUGGCACUGGCAAGGAUCGAGCUGAUGGAACUCGGAGGGAGGUUGGCUGGGCUUUGGGUGGUGAGAAGGAAUACCAGGACUCCACCGGCCAGGUGGCAGCAAAAAUAACUAUAAUGACAGCACACACUGAGGAUGAUCACAAGACAAUAUUCCUCAGCAGCCCUGACUCGGCAGUGGGAGUUCAGUGGCCGUGUAUCAGUCCCACUUCUCACCCUGAUUUUGGGGCUUCAUCACCUGCCAUUGAGCCUGGAGAGAUUUUUCAAGCAUCUGGAAUUGAAAACAGCUCAAGAUUUCAUCCGGCAACUCCUGCCAAGACCUCAGUUACUGAGAGUCCAGCCAUUCCACCAAAGAUGUCCAAAAACAGCCAGCCGGGCAGUGAGGGGAACCGUGUGGCCCCGGUAAGCUCCCAUGGUGCAAGGUUUGGGGAUGAGAGCAGCCAUGAGGGAGCUGGUCUUCAGCUGCUGCCAAGGAGCUAUACUGACACAGGUGCUUUUGGGGCAUCCUCUUCUCCAUGCACUCAUGUCAAUGGGGUUUCUGUGGAGGAGUCCAGCAGAGGUCUGGCAGCCUCAUCCUAUGACAGGAGGCAGAAACACUACACCCCAACGUGGACCAAGCAGUGCCGGAUAGAGGAGGAGGAGGAGCAGGAGGAUGAACAGGAGAUCUUAACCCACCCAUGGGCAGCAGGAGCUGAGAAUGGAAGAGCCGGUGCUGACCUUGUGGAUGACGGCCCAGUUCUGGAGAGCCAGGCUGGCAUCAGCAAAUCGUCGUCCUUCUCCUUUGAUUUCCCUAAAGACAAGAGUAAUGGCAUCGAGUUUGCACCACCACCGCCGCCACCAAAAAAGCAGCAUGCUCUGAAAAUGAACCCGAAUAACGCUGAGCUGGAGAGGGUUAGCAACAGCUCUGCUGAGAGCCUCAGCCCACCUUUCAGGAGUGUCCACGUUAGCUUCACAGCUGGCUCCUCCGACAGCCUCGACUCGGACACACAGACCGGCAGUGAUGGCAGGCACUCCUCUGAGCCGAACCACUCGCCUCCUCCAGCUGAGAGCCAAGUGUUUCCCUCUGUCCCUUUUCUUCCCGUCUCCAGUGAGGAUGGUCCCUCCUCCACAUCCAGCUGCCCACCCCCUCUGCCCCAGAAGAAGACAGUAAGCAGAACGGUAUCCUCCCCAGACGGCUUUUUUGGAGGACAGGCAUCUUUAGGUGGAGCAGCUGAUGCUGCCAUCCCCAGGCUGAAUGUCAGCCACUCUGAGAGCAAUGUCUGCCUGCGAGAGGAGCCUCCCUUCAUCCAUCAGGCCAGCCUGGGUGGCCGCCCUGGUGCCUUCUGCUCCUCUGAGUCUCUGGAGAAAGCCUCCAAAGGCAAUGGCUACUGGGGCUCAGCCACUGGUAAGAGCACAGGGGCUUGCGUCCCCAGCAGAAACCUCCAGUCCCUUUCCUCCUCGCAGCUCAGUGUGUCCAGCCAGGUGUCGUCUGGCUCCAGCCUCCAGCUCCACAACCUCCUGAGCAACAUCGACAGCAAGGAGGGCGUGUACGCCAAGCUGGGGGCCCUCUACGCCGAGUCCUUGCGCCGCCUGGUUGCCAAAUGUGAGGACUGCUUCAUGCGGGAGCAGAAGAACGAGCUGCACUUCAGCGAGAACAACUGGUCACUCUUCAAGCUGGCGUGCAACAAGCCCUGCUGUGAUUCGGGGGAUGCGAUAUAUUACUGUGCCACCUGUUCCAAGGACCCUUCCACCACCUAUGCUGUGAAGAUUUGUAAAACGCAGGAGUCCAAGGUGGCUGCUUCAUACUGCAGCCCUGCAGUGCCAGUCCACUUCAACAUUCAGCCCGGGGAUGGCCUCCAUCCCUCCCGUGCUGCCAGCGAGCACGACUGCGUGGUGGUCAUCACACGGGAGGUGCCGAGCCAGACCACAGCAGACUUUGUGAGGGACUCGGUGGUGUUGCACCAAGCCAAGCCUGAGCUGUACGAACGUCGCGUUUGCUUCUUGCUCCUCCAGCUCUGCAAUGGCCUGGAGCAUCUCAAAGAGCAUGGCAUCAUCCAUCGUGACCUGUGCCUGGAGAACCUCCUGCUUGUCCCCUGCAAGCCCCCCAUGAGCUGUGUGAAAGCCAAAGAUGACAAACACUUACCCCGCCUCAUCAUCAGCAAUUUUUUGAAAGCCAAACAGAAGCCAGGAACUGGAGACUCCAAGCUGAAGAAAAGUCAGGCCCGGCUGGCUCCGGAGAUCGUGUCGGCUUCUCAGUACAAGAAGUUUGAUGAGUUUCAGACUGGUAUUCUCAUCUACGAGCUGCUGCACCAGCCCAACCCCUUCGAGGAGAAGGUGCACCUCAAGGAGCAGGAGUACAGCCCUGAGGACCUCCCUGCUCUGCCCAGCCUGUCUAUCUACUCCCGGGGGCUUCAGCAGCUGGCCCACCUGCUACUGGAAGCAGAUCCCAUCAAGCGCGUGCGGAUCACUGAGGCCAAGCGGAUGCUGCAGUGCUUGCUUUGGGGGCCCCGAAAAGACCUCACGGAGCAGCCCCUCAGCCACGAGGAAGCCCUCCGCCGGGUGCUUCAGAACUGGGUGGACAUGAAGCGUGCCCUGCUCAUGAUGAAGUUUGCAGAGAGGGCUGUGGACACGGAGCGGAGCAUUGAACUGGAGGACUGGCUGUGCUGCCAGUACUUAGCUUCUGCUGAGCCGGCCUCCCUCUCACACACGUUAAAACUGCUGCAGUUGCUCUGACCGUGGAUGUGUCUCGGAGGCAGCUGAGGGCUCCCAGUUGCCUCGUGGCUAAAGGUACACGGCCCCCUCUACAUGCAAGAAGCUUGAAUCUCAGCUGUGACUGCACGUUCAGCUCCUGCCCCGCACUCCAGUCAGAGUGCACAAAACACGUUUAGUACCCUCAGCACUGUUCAUCUGUGAGCAGGCAAAACUGGGAACCCACCCCUGUCUUGGGGAUAUUUUUGUUAUUAUUAAUUUUUUUUUGGUAUGUUAAGUCUGGGGACUAAUAAACUGCCUGCCUGCGUGUGUGCAUGUUUCU